UCCGGGAAAUCGCUGACCCCCAGUGUGACCCUACAGGAUUUCAAACAUGGCGGAGCCCUCCGUUGGGAGUACGAGCCCAGGAGGUUCAGCAGAGGACCAUGAGUUUGAUCUUUCAGCAGAUAUGCUCGUCCACGACUUUGACGACGAACGCACACUGGAAGAGGAGGAGAGGCUCGAGGGAGAGACCAACUUUAGCAAUGAGAUCGACGACCUUGCCCGGGAGGGAGAGAUGCCCAUUCAUGAGUUGUUGAGUAUGUACGGAUGUGGCAGCGGUUCACCUGCAGAUGGAGAGGAUGAAGAAGAGGAGGAGGAAGACUUUGAGGAUGAAGAGGAGUUGGAGGAUGAGGAAGAGGAGGAAGAGGAGGAUGUGGACAACGAUGAAAGCAGUAGAAACACUGGUGAGCUGAAGAGGAAUAAGACCGAGAGGGUGAAGAUCUCGUCAGGAAUGGGGAACGAGAACCAGUUGUCCAGCGAGGGUCGCACGCGCUCCGUCAAAUCCCACGGCACGGCAGAGCUGAUACGCGGAUCACAGACCCUCAAGUACUUCGAAAAUAAGGAUGCAGAGGAAGAGUCAGAAGAAGAUGAAAAUUAUGUCCCUUCUGAGGAUUGGAAAAAGGAAAUCAUGGUUGGGUCCAUGUAUCAGGCUGAAACACCACCUGGCCUUUGUAAAUAUAAAGACUAUGAGAAAGUAUAUGAAAACGAUGACCAGCUUUUAUGGGACCCCGAGUUCCUUCCCGAGGGCAAGGUUGUGGAGUUUUUAUCUCAGGCGUCAAAACGAACAGGAGAGGAGAAAGGAGUGGAUGCCAUCCCUGAGGGAUCCCAUAUCAAAGACAAUGAGCAGGCACUUUAUGAGUUGGUCAGGUGUGAAUUUGACACAGAGGAAGCUUUAAGAAGACUGAAGUUUAAUGUGAAGGCAGCUAGAGAAGAGCUGUCUGUGUGGACAGAAGACGAAUGUAGAUAUUUUGAGCAAGGACUUAAAGGUUAUGGGAAAGACUUUCAUUCAAUACAAGCCAACAAGGUGAGAACUAGGUCAGUAGGAGAAUGUGUGGCCUUUUAUUACAUGUGGAAGAAGUCUGAGCGUUAUGAUUUCUUUGCACAGCAAACCAGGCUGGGGAAAAGGAAAUACAGCCUUCACCCUGGGGUCACGGACUACAUGGACCGGCUGCUGGACGAGACAGAGAGCGCCACGUCCAGCCGGGCGGCCUCGCCCCCUCCCACCACCUCCAACAGCAGCACCAGCCACUCUGAGAGGGAAGACGGCAGUAGCAGCCACAAUGGUUUAGUGAGUCACAACUUGGGCUUGGGAGAAGCUUCCCAGUCAUCCACGGUGGCGAACGAAGUCAAAGCAGAAUCCGUCCAGUUCAAUCUCCCUCCUGCCCCCCAACCCUCUCUGGAGGCUCUCCCUCCUCCCACCACCUCGGACAAUGAGUCCAGCGGCUGCGAGGCAGUGGCCGCCACUCCCAGCCACGACAGGAACGGCUCCCUGGAGCCCCAUUGUGGCAACAGUCACUACGAUGAUAGGCCGGCCAAGAGGUGCCGGACAGAGGCGGAGCCACCAGAACCCUCCAGAACAUUGACGACCCUCCAUCAAGAGGACAAAUGAUAAUGAUGACCCCUUCUCAGAGAGGUCAAAGCGCACAGAACCAAACCUAAAAAAAAUAACAUGGUUGUAUUCAUUAGUGCACACCGCAGCAAAAUGUUUUGCAACAGAAAAAUACAACUAGAUUUUCUUAUUGGACAAGUUCAGGUAGUCCAUCCCUGUUGGUCUGGGUUUUUUUCUCGUUUCGGGCCUAGUGAAUACGACCUAUACCAACCAACCAAACACAGCUGGGCCACACCAGCAAACGGAGGGAAGGCAGCGGCCUGAUUGUAAAGGGGCACAACAUACAGCCCUGCCUCAUCCCCCAUCCAGCAAAACCUCGUCCCCCAUCCAGCAUAACCUCCAACGCUCCACACAUCCAAAGUACCACAGUUCCUGAACCCCUCCCUUCCCCCUACCUGCUACCACCUCAUUAUAAUUCAUGCUGAUUCUUCUACUCAUUUCCGUUAUUCACUUUUUUGGAGACCGAUCUCAAAGAUUUCUACGGAAAGAAAAUGUUUUUUUCCCCUAUUUGUAUUAGAAUUUAAAAAAUCGCCUGUGGUAUUUUUUUACUUGAAAAAUAUGUAUAUAUUUUUUCAAUAAAUGUACUAUGAUUGAUGGGUAUUUUGCUUUCCAAGCCAUUUGAAACAAAGAAAUGAAAGGGGCGAUGUUGAGGGUCUCGGUCUUCGACGGGACGAUCGAUAUGCAGGCAGAUUGGCGCUGUUGCAGGCACACUAAAACCUCGUUUUUACCUGGCGCUAACAUACAUUCUUUAUUCUGAUCUUGUCCACAUUCAGAUUGUUCCCAGAUUUUCAGAUAUGCAUCUACACAUUAGUAUUAAAAUGGGAUAAUGAUUUAAAUGUUUUCACUGUCCAGAUCUGUCUACACUUUAAAAUAUCCAAACACAAUGGGUGCCUGACUCUCUCCGGAGGUGGUCAGGAAGAUCUAUUCACUAUCUGUCUUUUAAUCAUCUACAGCUGUCCGAAAAUGUUGGCACAAUCAGAAUGUGGACAAGAAACCACCCUGCAUCCCACUGCUGGCUUACCUCUGAAGCUAAGCAGUGUUGGUCCUGGUUGGGAGACCAGAUGCUGCUGGAAGUGGUGAUGGAGGGCACUCUUUCCUCUGGUCUAAAAUAUACCAACGCCCCAGGACAGUGAUUGGGGACAUUGCCCUGUGAAGGGUGCAGUCUUUCGGAUGGGGACGUUAAACGGGUGUCCUGUCUGGUCACUAAAGAUCCCAUGCCACUUAUCGUAAAAGUAGGGGUGUUAACCCUGGUGUCCUGGCUAAAUUCCCAAUCAUACCCACAUACCAUCAUGGCCACCUAAUCACCCCCAGCUUCCAAUAGGCUCAUUUGUCCCCCCUCUCCCCUGUAACUAUUCCCCAGAUCGUUGCUGUAAAUGAGAAUGUGUUCAGUCAACUUACCUGGUAAAAUAAAAAUCCGGACAAAGGACUGAUUGUGAUCUGAGAACCAGGUAUAAACGGGGCUUAUGUUGCGCUUUCACCCUUUGUUUUCUUUCUUUGGUGAUCGAGUGGAGAGAAAGCAACACUGCUGCAUGACAUCAUUGCUUAUUUGAAACCUGUGGUGUGUUCAGUUCAAUUGAAGUUUGCUAUGUUGCGUAACGGUUUGUACUGAACGACACGUUUCCCCAAAAACAUUCCAAUGGACUUUGAGGUACGUUUGCUCUGUUUGGUGGGUGUGGCUUGAAGCAAUGGGGGACAUAUUUAACGAGCAGCGGCCAUGCUGAUCCCCAACCUCUUGUUUUUUUUUGAGCUGGCCGUUCAGAACAGCACCGUUUCUGUUUAAUUGAAUGUUGCACUGUUUUUUUUUUUUAAAUUUUAUACUGAACGUAGCCCUGACCAUGGAAACAUUUUAAUUGCAAGAAAUGAACUAAUGGGAGUGUCUGUCCCUGAGGUUUGUGUAAAGUGUCUGACAUCAGUGAUGUCUUGUAUUAUAACUCAUUGGUUAGAACGCUGUAUUUUUAUUAAGUCAGCGUUUUCCUAUUGUUUCUCUUCAUUUUGCUAGACAGUACUUCUGUGACUUUGUGUAAAGUUUGUAAAGAUUUUCUUGUUCACUUCUUACACUUUUUGAUAAGUCUCUUUAAUCUGUGUAUUUGACCAUCUUUCUUGUAAGCUUUUGUUAAAGGAUUUAUUUCCUAGAUGUUCCCGAGUGGAGCUGUUCUGAAAGCAGUCCUAUAUCUCUGCAUUUCCCUGACCCAUUUGGAAAUGUAUUUGCAGCAAAAAUGUGUUUUGAUUACUUGAUAACGAUUCCAUCUAAAAGAGAGACGCGGUGUAGUGACACUUGGUCUUUUAGGUUGAAAAAGCUUUUUUCAAAAUUGGAGACAAUGUGGUACCAGUAACGUUUCUUGUCAUCUGCGAGCUCUCAUUAUUAGGAAUGAAAGAACUUGACUGGAAGCUUCAAUGUGAAGAACCUUCAUUCGUUUCAGUGGAGGCUUUUUGACAAUUGUGUUACUGUACCUUUUUUUCUUUUUUUAAUGUCUCAACGUUUUACUUUUGUAAGCUACUCCUGCUUUGGUCUACAUUCACAAAUGGUUUGUAAAACAAAAAAGCAGUUUUAUUUUUUUUUGUUCUAUAAAAGCACAGCCUCAAAUAAUGUUGAUUUCAAGUAGUUUAUUUGUAUUAUUUUAUUAUGUGCUGUAAGUAGUCAUCUGAAAAUGACAACAUUUAAUAAAAGUGAAGCGUA